GUGACACGUGCUCAAAUAUGUAAGAUUCCAGUGCAGUCCAGCAGUCUGCCUCCGCUUGGGCAAUGGCAAGCAAGCUCUAGCUCCAAGCUAAAGCUCAGUGGUGGACUGGACUCUGGUGUGCCUCUCUAUAUAAAUCUAGCUCCCGGAGCUCUUUUCCCCAGCACACCACGCCCGAACCGAAACCGGCACAAAGACAAAAAGUGAUCGACCGGCGGCCGGCCAGGCUAGGCAAGGGCAUCCUCAAUAAGCACGGCCAGAAAGUCAGGGGUAGGGAGAAGGAUGACGAUGGCGAUGGCAAGUAUGCCGCCGGCUUGUGCGGCAACCGAGCUGGUGGCCAAGGGGAGGGAGUCGGCUGCCGUUCUCAAGGCCAUGCUCGGCCAGCUUCCUGCGGCGGCGACGCCCCAUGAUGGUCUCCGGGAUCUGGCCGAGCAGGUCCUCCGCUGCUGCGACCGAGCUCUGGCGGCCUUGCUCAGAGGCGCGGCAACGGAGGAGGCUGCCUGCAGCAGUUCGGCCAGGAAGCGCCGCAAGCAGCCAGCAGAGCGGCAGGGCGGCCUGGCUCCUCCUCCUCCUUCUCCUGCUGCGACGGGAUCCAAGAGGAUGAGGAUGAGCCGUGGAGAGCGGGGGACACGAGCGGAGAAGAAAGAAACAAUGGAGGACGGCUUCAUCUGGAGGAAGUACGGCCAGAAGGACAUCCACGGCAGCAACUACCCCAGGCUCUACUUCCGCUGCACCUACAAGGACGACCGCGGCUGCGAGGCCCGGAGGCAGGUGCAGCGGUCGGACACCGACCCCUGCGCGGCCUACCUCAUCACCUACUUCGGCGAGCACACCUGCUGCUGCCGCGACGACGCCGUCGAGGCGCCAGCGCCAUUCGUCAUCGACUUCGGCUUGAGCGCCGCUGCCUGUGACGACGGCCUGCAGCUGCCGCAAUACGGUUCGCCUUGGCCGUCUUGCGACGACGACGGCCCGGGCCCGGUGGAAUUGCAAACGCCGCCGCCGCGCACAUCAGCUGAUCUGUGCAGUUCACCGCCGGAGGAGGAGUUGCGGGCUGGCGCGUGCGACGUGGCUGAGUUCGUCGCCGAGCAGUCAACGACGGUGACAGCAGAGCUCAUGGGUAGGAUGACCUCGCCGGAGUGGGACGGGUGCUUGGACUGGGAGUUGGGCGAAGGCGACAGCUCACUCGACGUUGACGGUUUCGACAGAUACUACUUCGAUUACAGUGAUCUGCUUUAGAGCCUGUACAAUCUAUUAAUCUAAUUAAAUAAGGAGUUUUUUUGAGCGGUCUCUAGAAGAGACAGAUUCUUCGUCAAGAGUUCGAGAGUUCGUCUCUACUCAAUUUCUAUAUAUAUAUAUAUUAUAUUUUGACUGUA